UUAAGGUUUGCUUCAGAGAUGUGAUUCAGUUCAGUUGUAAACAUCGCCGGAGCAUGAUGGAAUUCUUAUCGUCACUUCUAGUGCUUUGUUUAAUCGGCACUCUCAAACUCACUGCUGCUGAUCCCCUAAGAAAUCAGACGGUGCGAGAUAUUCUGGUGAAAAAUAUGUGCUUGUGUCGAUGUGAAGCGGUCAAUGAUGGUUCGAAAAAUUACUUGAUACCUUUCGACGAUGGAACGUGGUUCGAGGCCAUUUCCUACUGCAAUGGAAUGGGAAUGACGCUCGCACAAAUUCGUGACCGGUACGACAAUCAAGACUUGGAGGAAUGGCUUCGGGACAAUGGAGAUGAACCAUCGGAAAGGUAUUGGAUCGGUGGCAACGAUUUAGCCAAACCAGGAAUCUUCCGCUGGGGCCUAACCAAUAAAGAGAUAACCUACAAAAAGUGGGCCUCCGGUGAACCGAACGCAGCAGUUAUGCGUGGGGAAACUGAGCACUGCGUAGAACUUCGCGCGGAUACUAUGCAAUGGAAUGAUUCGGUUUGCACUAAAAGAUUGAAAUUCGUUUGUGAAAGGUUGAACUAAUAAACAAACAAAUGAUUUAUUAUUGUCAUUGAGUAAUAAAUUUCUACGACCAGAUUGGACUGACAGA